AUGGAAAUUUUCAAGCAAUUACAAAUUAACAUUCCAUUCUCCGAAGCCAUUGCCCAAAUGCCAAAGUAUGCAAAAUUCAUGAAGGAUAUCUUAACAAAGAAGAAGAAACCAGAAGAGGAAGAAGUUAUUGUACUCGAUGCCCAAUGUAGUGCUAUAGUGUCCCGUCUCCCUCAAAAAGCAAGAGACCCGGGACGAGUUACUCUACCGGUCACCAUUGGAGAUCAACACAUUGGGAACGGAUUGAUAGAUCUAGGAUUAAGCAUCAAUCUAAUUCCUCUAUCAAUAGUAAAAAUAUUGGGAAAUAUCGAGAUGAAGUCAACCAGAAUGACCUUACAACUUGCAGAUAAGUCCACCACUCUUCCCUACGGUGUUGCACAAGAUAUGCUAGUAAAGGUAGAAAAAUUCCUAUUUCUGGUAGACUUUGUUGUGAUUGAUAUGGAAGAAGAUAAAGAGUCACCAAUUAUUCUUGGGAGGCCAUUCAUGAAAAUAGCCCGGAUGAUGAUAGAUAUUGACGAUGGUAUCAUGAAACUAAGAGUCCAAGACGAGGAGGUAUGCUUUAAUCUCUUCGAAGCCAUGAAACAACCUAAGGAUAAAAGUGAUUGCUUCCGUCUAGAUGUCACCGAAGAGAUAGCAAUAGAGGUGGCCAGUGAGAUACAUCUCUCUAAUCCGUUAGAAAGAUCCCUUGUUGAUUCUUUUUAA